UGGCGUAUACCGCAAAUAUUGAACUCCUCCAGUCAAUUCAAUCAAUUUAUGAUUGUAAACUGGCUUCUUAUAGGAGGAAAAAGAAGAAAAACAUGCUACUCAUACAACACUUGCGAAGAAAGCAACUAUUGCUGCUUGCAUUACUGGAAAGAAGCGCAACUCAAAGAUCAAUGUGGAAGUUGGACCGACAAUCCUUGUUUUGGGAGGUUAACUGCAAUGCAAAUGAUGACCACUUUUUCAAGACCCACUUCCGUAUAACGCGUGCAAGUUUUGACAUACUCUGUGGCUUCCUUAGCAAUUUGAAAAAAACUGACACAAAUUGGCGCACCCCCAUUUCGUUACAAAAGCGCGUUGCAAUUGUUUUAUUUACGCUUGGUUCAUCUGGGGAGUACAGAGUAGUUUCCGAACUAUUUGGUGUUGGAAAAUCAACUGUGUGCUCAAUUGUAUUAGAGUUUUGUGAGGAGGUCUGGAAAGCGAUGUCAACUCAAUACAUAAAAAAGUUACCGCCGACUCCUGAAACGCUGGCUGAAUGCGUAAAUGCCUUCCACCGUCCUGGCUUUCCUCAAUGCUUAGGAGCAAUAGGUUUGAGAAUUUAG